AUGAUCUCGCGCAUUAUCACCAUACAACGGAAGCGCACAUCAUUAUUUCCAGAUGAACCUGAUCGUCCUGGAGUACAAACUCCCGUCCCGGGACCUCGCUCGCAGGCCGCUCUGAAGGUACUGGAUCAAGUAUUCGACGUUCGCAGUGCGAAUAUGUUGGUAGACUACAAUAAAUCAGUCGGGAACUAUUUUGCUCAAAUAGCAUCUAUACCUCUAGGAUACAAUAAUCCGUAUCUUGCCAAGGUGGCUUCAUCACCCGAAAUGGUUUCAGCAAUAAUCAACCGACCCGCCAUAGGAAACUUCCCUUCGACAAAAUGGUCUGAGAUACUGUCCACCGGGCUUCUCCGGGCAGCACCGAAGGGCUUAAAUCAAGUGUUCACUGCAACAACAGGUUCUGAUGCGAAUGAAACUGCAUACAAGGCGGCUUUUAUUUGGCGUCGUACCCAAGAGCGUGGCAAUGCUACGUUUAGUGAUGCGGAGAUCAGUUCUGCAAUGCAGAAUAAGGCUCCCGGAGCCCCAGAAUAUUCCAUUCUUAGCUUCAAUGGAGGCUUCCAUGGGCGGCUAUUCGGUAGCCUAUCCACCACUCGAAGCAAACCAAUUCAUAAAUUGGAUAUUCCGGCUUUUGACUGGCCUCAGGCUCCAUUUCCUAAGUUAAAAUAUCCUUUAGCUAAACACGAAGCGGAAAACGCAGCUGAGGAACAACGGUGCCUCCGCGAAACCGAGAGGAUCAUCGACUCCUUUCCCAAACCAGUAGUGGCUGUGGUUGUAGAACCAAUUCAAUCAGAGGGUGGCGACAACCACGCAUCACCUGCCUUCUUCCAGGGGUUACGAGACUUAACUGCACGGAAAGGCGUCCUACUGAUUGUUGACGAAGUACAAACAGGAGUGGGGGCAACGGGCAAGUUCUGGGCGCAUGAACACUGGAACUUAAAAACACCCCCGGAUAUCGUCACUUUCUCGAAGAAAGCUCAAGCCGCUGGUUUCUAUUACCGCGAUACUUCUUUAAGGCCAAAUCUACCGUACAGACAAUUUAAUACUUGGAUGGGCGAUCCCGCAAGAGCGCUCCUUUUCCGUGGUUUGUAUAACGAGAUCGAAAGACUCAACUUGGUGCAGAAAAUGGCGGAAGUGGGGCAAUAUCUUUACGGCAAGCUGGAAGAACUGGCCCGCAAGUACCCUAAGGAACUCCUCGACCUUCGUGGCAAGGAUCGCGGGACUUUCAUCGCUUGGGAUAGUCCGCGAAGGGAUGAAGUGAUUAAGCUCGCAAAGCAAAAGGGGCUAAACAUAGGGGGAUGUGGGGAAAGAACUAUUCGGUUACGGCCGAUGCUCAUCUUCGAAAAACAACAUGCCGAUAUCCUUCUUGGUAUACUCGACAGUAUCUUCGCAAAGGGAUAG